UUGAAGGUAGAGUUCGUUGAAAAAUAAACCCCAAAAAUGGCUGGGAAUGUGGGAAUGGAACAGUUGAUUCCCAUUGUGAACAAACUACAGGAUUGUUUCGCUUCAUUGGGAAUCCCUCUUCCUUUAGAUUUACCUCAAAUUGCUGUCGUUGGAAGUCAAAGUGCAGGCAAAAGUAGUGUAUUGGAAAAUUUCGUCGGCAGAGAUUUUUUACCAAGAGGAAGUGGUAUUGUGACUAGAAGACCAUUAGUUUUGCAGUUGAUUAAUUCAAGAACAGAAUAUGCUGAGUUUUUACACCAGAAAGGAAAACGGAUAUCAGAUUUUGACUUGGUACGAAAAGAAAUCGAAGAUGAAACAGACAGAGUUACUGGAGCUAAUAAAGGAAUUUCUAAUAUUCCAAUCAACUUGAGAGUUUACUCUCCCCAUGUAUUAAAUCUGACUCUGAUUGAUUUACCGGGUAUGACGAAGGUACCGGUUGGGGAUCAACCAGUAGACAUUGAAUCCCAGAUUCGUGGAAUGCUGAUGGAAUUUAUUUCCAAAGAGAGUUGUCUUAUCUUGGCUGUCUCACCAGCUAAUACUGAUUUAGCCAACUCUGAUGCUUUGAAAAUAGCAAAAGAAGUUGAUCCACAAGGUCUAAGAACUAUUGGUGUAGUAACCAAGUUAGAUUUGAUGGAUCAAGGUACAGAUGCUAGAGAUAUUCUAGAAAACAGGCUGCUACCAUUACGUAGAGGAUAUAUUGGUGUAGUAAAUAGAAGUCAGAGAGAUAUUGAAGGUAAAAAAGAUAUUAGAGCUGCUCUGGCAGCCGAGAGGAAAUUCUUCUUAUCUCAUCCUUCAUACAGACACAUGGCCGACAGAAUGGGCACUCCAUAUUUACAGAAAGUUCUGAAUCAACAACUGACCAAUCAUAUUCGAGAAACAUUACCAAACCUACGAAAUCGUCUCCAGACUCAAUUGCUAUCCAUGGAAAAGGAGGUUGAAGAGUACAAAAAUUUUAGACCUGAUGAUCCAGCCAGGAAAACUAAAGCAAUGAUGCAAAUGAUCCAAUCUUUUGGUGGAGAUUUUGAUCAUGAUAUCGAAGGUUCUGGUAACCAAGUCAACACAGAAGAUUUAUCAGGUGGCGCCAAAAUUAACAGAAUUUUUCAUGAAAGAUUUCCUUUUGAAUUGGUCAAGAUGGAAUUUGAUGAACGAGAAUUACGUAAAGAAAUUGGAAUAACAAUUAAAAAUAUUCAUGGUAUCAGAACUGGUUUGUUUACACCAGACAUGGCAUUUGAAGCAAUAGUUAAAAAACAGAUAGACAGAUUACGAGAACCUUCGUUACGCUGUAUUGAUAUGGUAGUAGCUGAAUUAUCAAAAACUAUUAGAAAAUGUACUACAAAGAUGAGUCGGUAUCCCUUAUUACGAGAAGAAACCGAGAGAAUCACUAACACUCGCGUGAGAGAGCGUGAACAAAGAACGAAAGAACAAGUAUUAUUAUUUAUAGAUAUACAGCUAUCAUAUAUGAACACUAAUCACGAAGAUUUCAUUGGAUUUGCUAAUGCUCAACAGAAAUCCGAAACUCAGACCAAGAAAAAAGUGAACAAUCAGGUCAUUCGAAAGGGCUGGUUAACCCUACAUAAUGUCAGUUUCAUGAAAGGUGGCUCCAAAGACUUCUGGUUCUGUUUAACAGCUGAAACUUUUGCCUGGUACAAAGAUGAGGAGGAGAAGGAUAAGAAGUACAUGUUGCCGUUAGAUGGAUUAACAAUUCGUGAUAUGGAGGCAGGGUUUAUGUCACGAAAAAUUAGUUUUGCUCUAUCCAGUCUUGAGCAAAGAAAUGUAUAUAAGGAUUACAAACAAUUAGAGUUAUCAGCUGAAAGCCAAGAAGAGGUGGACAGCUGGAAAGCUUCGUUCUUACGAGCUGGAGUUUACCCAGAAAGAUCAAAAGAUGAUUCAGGAAGCGUGCAGCAAGAUGUAGGUUCAAUGGAUCCACAGUUAGAAAGACAAGUUGAAACAAUCCGUAAUCUGGUAGAUUCCUACAUGAAAAUCAUCAACAAAACACAGAGAGACUUAAUUCCUAAAACCAUCAUGUAUAUGAUUGUCAAUAAUGUAAAAGAUUUCAUUGGUUCAGAAUUAUUAGCUCAUCUUUAUUCAUCAGGAGAUCAGUCGUCAAUGAUGGAGGAAUCUCCUGAAGAAUCUGUGAGAAGAGAAGAGAUGUUAAGAAUGUACCACGCUACCAAGGAGGCGUUACAACUUAUAGGGGACGUGUCUACCACAACAGCCUACACCCCAACUCCGCCUCCUGUCAACAAUGAUUGGCUAAACCCUGAGGCUAAUAAUAAUGGCUCUGGUGGUGGCCAACCCUUUAAUGGACGGCCAGCCUCACCAAUGAGGCAGAGAGCGGCACCAUCUAUUCCUAAUCGUGGCGGAGAUCAACCAUUAAUGCCUGGUCGUCCAGCACCUUCUAUACCCAAUCGACCAGCCCCUUCAGCACCUCUUAUUCCAACUCGACCAGGCAGUAUGAAGCCAGCACCUAAAAUUCCAGAUCGACCCCGAUAAUAGCUUGGCAUUGUGGGAUAGUCAUAGUUUAUGCAAAUUAGGUUAAUUAUUUAUUGACAAUAUAAUGAUAAUAAUCAAAUAUCACCAUAGAAACCAUGUAAAUAUGUGUAUAGAUAGAAAAUGAUAUAGAUAGCUUGUUUUGAUUGGUCAAAAAUAUUUCAUGGGGGGUGAGGGAUGUGCCCUUAUUUUGAAAUUUUAUGUCUGCCACACAUUAUUAGGAUAGGACAAAUUUUAAGGGGCAAUAAAAAUUACAUUAACAUAAACCAAUUUGCAAAUGUUCGAGAAAAAUGAAGAAAUUGCUUAUAUUUUGGGACAAAAUUAUUUUUCUUUACAAACCAAAAAUAAACAUAUUGCUUUGGAUUUGUAGUAAAUGCUUCAAAUGUUUGUACAAAACUCAACAAAAAUCGUAAAAAAGUGUAAAGAAUUUCUGUAAUUUUUGUACAAAAUGGCAAAAUGUAAAGAAUUUUUAAAUAUGAAAAGCUUGUAUUACUUAACUGGAAUUAUUUGUAUUUUUCAUAUUGGCAGUUUGUUUUGCAUAAUUUAUAGAAAAAUGGAUGAAAAUGUCUUGUAAAGUAUGUAUAUUUUGAAAACUUGUUAAUUUGAAGCAAAGAUAUUUUUGCAGAUUAGAGGACUAUUCGAAACAUACACAGGAACAGCCCACUUUCUUUUAAGGUAGUGCAGGUAUAGAUUCUAUUACUACUUACUCCACCUCGAUCAUAAUAGACUAUUCCUGUUUGUUUUGAAUUGACCUCAGAUGUGCUGAAAUAUCUGUGUUACACUAAACUUUUAUAUAUUUAUUCAUAUAUAUUCACUUCACAAACUUUGAUCAUGUUUAUCACUUAAUGGGUGUGACUACAAAAUUUCAAGACUUCCGAUUUGUUAAUGUCAUCAUUGCAUUGAUGUCAAUCAAUCAGUGAAAUGAUCAUUGGAUUAAAACUAACCAAUCAGAAAUCCUUUUACUACUACCUGAAAAU